AUGGGUCGAAGGAAAUGGAAACUAUACCAAGAAUCUAUGUCGAGAAGUUAUUUGCAACCACUGAACAACAAUAUAAAAAGAACAAACGAAAUCGAUACAGACCAGUAUCACCAAAAAGAAAUCAAGUCCAACCGCCUGCAAGCGCAAACGACAGACACGGACUCCGAUUUGGACAAGGGCGAAUCGAAACUAGGAGGAGGCAAGCAGGAAGUGGCGAACGGGAUAGAAGGAGACAAAGUAAAAGAACAAGAAAGGGAGGAGCACCAGAAGGAAAACGAAAACGACUUAGACAGAUUGAAAGACUGGAACGCCGCCAACCAAGUGUCAUUUUUGUGUGGACGGCAAGCUGGAUAGUGAACAUACCACGCACGGGGUUUUGAGUCCCCGUCUAUCGGACUCGGACACUUCGGAUAGCCACAGUGACAGCGAAGUGCCCACAUCUUUAUUACCUACCUCCAGGUUGCUCAACAACCACCACCAUUACAGAUCUAAUAUUCAAAAUCCAGUUCCACCGCAAUUGGGAAUGACAACGAUAGAGAACAACAUGAUCGCUGCAUCACUAGCAGCGGCAAUUUCGGGGGGCCAAAGUCCCGUCGGAACCCCCAAUUCCAUUUUGCCCUUUUACAAUCCUAGUUUACUGACACCCGAUUUGUACCUGUCCAAUGUCGUUCGAACGUUCCAAGCUGCCGCGGCGCUGAACGAAAAGAGCAACGGCAACAAUGUCAGCGGGGAACAACCGUUGGAUUUGAGCAAAGGGGCGGUGAAUAACCACAGCGCGCCCAGCGGUGCUGAGCAGAGGAUGGUGGCGGGGAAUAACGUGAGGUUGCCCGCGUUGGAACCGAGGCAUAUAUUCAAAGCCAAGCCUAGAAUGUCGACCGUGGCCGGCAGGCGGACCUACACCGAAGACGAGCUUCAAGCAGCCUUGAGAGACAUCCAAUCGGGAAAACUAGGCACCAGGAGAGCGGCUGUGAUCUAUGGUAUCCCUAGAUCCACACUUCGUAACAAAGUAUACAAAUUAGCCUUAGAACGUGAAAGGGAAUCUCACCUCAACAGUUCUACGCCCAUGGAGGACGAAGUAAUGGAGGACGAGAAUAACCUUUCGGGGACGGAGGAGGAAAAGGAAGUGGAGAAAGCUCUGCAAGGUCCUUUGCUUUCUGUUGCUGAUUUGUUCCGAAUGACCGGUAGAGACAUUCCGGAAGCUCUGAAAGUCAUUCUACAAAAGGGCAAAGAAGGGCAGGAUCAAUUCGGGGGUCUGGACCACGGCGAAAUGGGUUCGUACCUCCAUUUUCUUGCGUCUCAGAACAUGCUGAGUCAAAAGCCGCCAGACGGAUCGAUGGCAAACAACAUGAUACCCGAAUUGAUGAAGCGGAUGCUGACGGACGAUCAAUUGAAGAAUCAAAACAACGGUGAUAGCGAAAAAAUCACCAGGCCGAGCCCCAGUAAUUCCGUAAUAAUUAAACACGAGCGUACCAAAUCCGAGUCGGAUAUGGAAACCGAUGAUUCUCCAUCGAAUGUGAUACUAAAAAUUCCGUCCUUUAAGCCGACGACGUCGAGUAAAAAUGGAUGCGAUAAUUUAAGAAGCCAAGCGGAACCCACAGGUAGUAUAAUGUCCCCGCCAGUAACAAGCGAAUCAGGAUCACCUCCGAUAUUACCAACAAAAGGGUUGAACAUUAUGAAAGACGUAAAGGAUGUCAUAGCUCAAAGCAUCAGUCAGAAGUUUCAUCAACCAGUGGAACCGAGACGGCAAAUAAUUGACAUCGAUUUCAAACGGGGAGGAUUCACGCCUCCUCUUGGAAGUGGAAUAUCGGUAAUCAAAACGCAGGACCUCAACAGGCAGUUUCAACAUCAACAACAAUCGCCGAAACCUCAACAGAGUUCGAACAGUGCUCCUACUGGUGGAAAAGGUACAAGACCAAAACGAGGGAAGUACAGAAAUUACGACAGAGACAGUUUAGUAGAAGCAGUACGGGCAGUUCAACGAGGCGAAAUGUCAGUCCACAGAGCGGGUAGUUACUACGGAGUGCCUCAUUCCACACUAGAAUACAAAGUGAAAGAAAGACAUUUAAUGCGACCUCGUAAACGCGACCCAAAACCAAACCCCGUAGACGAAAAAAUCGCCAGUUUAAAACAAAACGACAUUCGCAAUUCACAAGAAAAAAUGAAAUCCAUCAUGAAACCACCGCAGAAAUAUACUCCAACGUCGCCGAAUGGAAUGAAAUUAUCUUUAUUCGAAAGCGGAAUGGCGCCUCUUGCCGGCUAUAACGGCCCGUUUCCAUUUUGGGCGCCUCCUGGUUUCACGCAUCUUCCCCUAGACUACGCUAGGAACCCGGCGUCCUUUCCCGGACCGAACCCGGACUUCUUCGCGUCGCAAAUGAUGCAAAAACUCCAGGAGGAGUCCAGCAGAGCUGUACCUCCUCAGUCGCCAGGAAGUGGUGGUCCGACUUUAUCGAAAAACGCCAGACAGCGAGCGGAAUCUUUAUUAGAAACGACGGCACCUAACGGUUCCUUUCUGGACGGGAUUAUAAGGUCGAGUUUGGAAUCCGGUGUUCCGAGUAGCGAGGAGAAAUCGUUGAUGAACGAAGAUAAGAACGUGGCGCCGGAGAAUAUGUCGAAUAAGGCGUUGUUGGAUCAGUUGUGUCGGAAUAGCAGAUUGCCGCCGCUAUCGAAAGCGCCCGCUUCGGAAGGGAAUCACAGUUCGGAAGACGAAUCUUGUCGGAAGAGUGUUAGUCCUUUGAAUUUUGCGACAGCUGAAACUUCACAAGAAGACAUCGACGACGACUCGUCGUCUCGAUUCGAUAAAGACAGUUCAGAGGUUCAUACAAUUGAACUCUCGAACGACUCCAAUGCGUCAAGCGAAAAAAAAGUGACAGACGAAGAAAGGAAACAUCCCAGACUGUUUGUGAAACAGGACUUAGCUAAACCUGAAAAUUUGAAACCGGAAAUGUUGGUGCGCUUUCGGGAAAUCCUGCCGGAUAUGGACCAUAAUGGUGUGACAGAAAGUGCGCCGAGCAGUGCCUCCGAAAACGAUGGGCCCCAAGACUGA